AUGUUGAAAUUAAGCGGGCAAGUGAUUUGGAGGUUAGGAUCAAGGGCAGCCGUAAGGAAAUAUUCCGGUCCAAGUGCCACAGUAUUCAAAACUGAGAAGCUAGACCUAUCCACAAACACAUCUGAUAAGAGAGUCGAACAACUGACCGGUGACGACAAGGAUAAUUCAGGCUUAGUAGCAGCAGCAUUUGCUUCCCUGCAAGACAUAGACACACCAUUAGUAAAGAAGCCGAGUCCUAAAUCAGCGAAGAUAAGUCGCUUAGCACAUUUAGACGGACAGAUAUCACAGGCCACUGACUUGAAUGCAUUGCUAGUUGUUGCUGAAAACCCUGUUGUAUCUCGAAGACAUGCGUUGAAGAUGGUAUCAAUUCUCUCAGAAUGGACAACCACCAACAAAGUCAAGCUAACAGACUUUGAGAAAGAUCCUCGGUUUCUCAAACUAUGCAGGAUCCUCGCCAGAUCCACUACAUCACAUACAAUCGGCUCUCUAACCAUGGCAGAAGAUUUGAGUACUGUAUUGGGCAUUACAGGAGAUGAUGAGGCGGCCAGAUUAAUAACAAACUUGACAUUACCACAGAUGAUCAAAGUAAUGAAAGCCCUGCAGAACAAAGGUCGGCGCAGCACCCCAUUACUACGCGCGCUCUCUCACAAUAUCACCAACCAGGCCGAGAUCAUUGACCUCAAGAAGUCAGCUGACCUCCUCUACGCUAUGGCCGCACUCAACUUCCCCGACCCUGUACUGCUAGAUAGGAUAUGCAAUGACGUCAUAGAAUGCCUGCCCUCAAACGAAGACAAAUCAGCGGUGGUGAACUCUAUAACCACUUCGCUUGGUCUCCUGAAGUACCGCCACGAGCCCGUGCUGUCGGCCAUCACAGACUGGCUGCACCAGCAUGUAGCGCAGUGCCGCGCCACUGACAUCGCGUCCGCAGUCGUCACGCUAGCUACCGUGGACUAUCUCCCACCUUCAGAUUCAGCCCAGGGUUUGAUUCAGACCGCCCUGUCCCUGAAAGAAGAAGAGAUGACCAAGUCCUCAUCCUGGUUGGACCUGGUGUUCUCUCUGCUGAUCCUGAACAAAGCCAAGAAGACACAGCUAGAGUCCACACUGCAGCCUGACUUCAUUGACAAGUUGCUGUCCGCUGGUGAGAUACCGAUACCUUCUCGACGUAAGCUGAUGAUGAUCGACGCGUUCCUCCACCUGGCCAGUCCAGGGUCCCCUCGCCUGCCUGAAGACAUAUCAGUUGGCGUACCAGUAGUAUACACCAAGGAGAAAUCAUUCUACGUCCAGAGCAUCAUGGACACAUUCAAGAGCUUCGUCUCCGCUGAGGCGUUUUUGAAAAAGGACUGUAAUUCUGGCAUGGGAUUUUUGUAUGAUGCGGAGUUCGCAGUGGAUGCCAAAUGCCACCCUGUACCUUUAGAUAAAGCUGAAAACAACAAAAGCGUGUUCCGGAUAGCGGUGCUAGGUUUGGACUACCACGACAUGGCUAGGAAGUCUGCCGUGCCCCUCGGCAUCAACCAGCUUCAUACUAGGUUACUUGAAUUAAAGGGCUUCAAAGUACUCCAAAUUCCAUACACAGAGUUCAGUCCUAAAGACAAGUUGGUGACCAGAGUGCAAUACAUAGAAAAGAGAUUAAAGGAGAUUGUCAACAAGUCAGGUCAGACGUAG